AUGAGGCUUUUCAAACAUUCGUUGCGCCUUGUGGCAACGGCGCUUGCACUCCUCACGGUGGGCACUGAUGCCCGGUCGCAAGAGCCCAAUGCUAUCCAACGUGUUUCGACCCUCGAUCAUACAACGAUAAACACGCCCUCCCAUCAAAUAGACCACCUUUCUCAUUUCGAUAUAACGUUCAAUCUUCGCGACAAGAAUCAGAGAAUUAAACUAGAACUAGAACCGAACCACGACAUUCUCGCCGAAGACGCUUAUGUACAAUACCUAGACGCCGAAGGUAAAGUUCGGCGGGAGGAGGCUAUCCCACGACAUGAACACAAGGUCUUCAAAGGAAGAUCCCUGAAGGGGCGAGGGAAGGGCCAGUGGGACCCGGUAGGCUCGGCCAGAAUCUACAUCAAGAAUGACGGACCCCAGCCACUGUUCGAAGGUGUAUUCAGUAUCCACGGCGACAAUCAUCACGUGGAAUUAAAAUCGACCUACAUGGAAAAGAAGCGCUCCCAGGACGUCGACAUUCCCGACCGAAAAGGCGAUUACAUGGUCUUUUACCGUGAUUCCGAUAUGAUCCGACAGAUCCAUACCGACCUCAAGCGUUCACUGCCCAUUGAUUCAUCGUGCUCAGCAGACAAGUUGGGCUUCAAUGCCGACCCCAACCACCCAGUUCUUCAACCUUUAGAGCAGGAGAGCAUGGGUAGCUGGGGAGCGAUGUCCCUGAAUUCCUUAUUUGGGCUGAGCAAGCGGCAGUCUGAUAUUGGCGGCUCUUCGGGAAAUGCUGGCGGAGUGAAUUUGAAGUCCACCAUUGGUAGCACCUCAGGCUGUCCCAAUACCAAGCAGGUUGCGCUCAUCGGAAUCGCCACCGACUGCGAAUUUACCGGUUCGUUCAAAGACGAGGAAGCGGCCAAACAGUGGGUAAUCAAUACGGUCAACAGUGCAUCCAAUGUCUAUGAGAAAUCGUUCAACAUCUCCAUCGGUCUGCGAAACCUGACUGUAACAGACAAAGAAUGUCCUCAAAACCCGCCAUCCUCAACCGAGUGGAACAUGCCCUGUUCCAAGGGAAAUAUUACGUCACGUCUGGACCUAUUCUCCAAGUGGCGUGGACAGCAAAAAGAUGAUAACGCCUACUGGACUUUAAUGAGUGACUGUCCUACGGGCCCCGAAGUCGGAUUGGCAUGGCUGGGGCAGCUGUGCAAUAACGAAGUCUCUAGCGAUGGCUCCAACGCUGUCAGCGGCACCAAUGUCGUCGUUCGCUCUUCCGGGGGUGGAUGGCAAAUCUUUGCCCACGAGUCGGGCCAUACUUUUGGGGCGGUUCACGAUUGUGAUUCCCAGACUUGUUCCCAGAACCUUGCGGCGUCUUCCCAAUGCUGCCCGCAUACUACAGAUGAGUGUGAUGCUAAGUCACAAUACAUCAUGAACCCCAGCACGGGCCAGGAUAUCACCAAGUUCUCGCCGUGUACAAUUGGCAACAUCUGCUCCGCCCUCGGUCGCAACAGCGUCAAGUCUACCUGUCUUUCCGAUAACCGCGGCGUGACUACUUACACGGGUGGCCAAUGCGGCAAUGGCAUCGUGGAGUCUGGUGAAGACUGCGAUUGUGGCGGGGAGGAGUCUUGCGGCGACAACAAAUGCUGUGAUGCUAAAACUUGCAAGUUCAAGGAUAAUGCGCAGUGUGACGAUGCCAACGACAGUUGCUGUUCGGGCUGUAAAUAUGCCAAGGCCGACACUGUCUGUCGAGCUAGCCGCGGUGAAUGUGAUGUGGAGGAGAAGUGUACUGGAAACUCGAGUACCUGUCCCUCUGAUCAUUUCAAGGAUGAUGGUUCGAAGUGCGGUAACUCGUCGGCUGGCUUGACCUGCGCCAGCGGCCAGUGUACCAGUCGGGAUUACCAAUGCCGAAGCGUUAUGGGUAGUCUUCUGCACAGCAAUGACACCAACGCAUGUAGCCAAUUCAACGACAAGUGCGAGAUCAUCUGCUCUUCCCCCGGCUUUGGCCAAUGCGCCAGUGUCAACCAGAACUUCUUGGACGGGACUCCUUGCGGCAGUGGCGGUCACUGCGACAAUGGAAGCUGCAAGGGUUCUAGCGUCAAGAACUGGAUCGAUGACCACAAAAAUGUUGUAAUUGGCAUUGCCUGCGGUGUGGGAGGGUUCAUUGUUCUUGCUAUCCUGUUCUGCCUCAUCAACCGGUGUCGCCGGUCUCGACCUACCGCAAAGCCGGUGCCACCGCGGCCUCCCUACGGCUGGACAGCCCCGAUGCCACCUCCACCACGGCCUCCUAUGGGCCAGUGGCCCAACGUACCGACGCGAGGAUACCAGGGACUAGCCACAGAACCUCCCCCACCUCCCUAUCCCGGUCCUUCGUACAACAAUCCCGGGGGCGCAGGGUACAUGCCUACUCCGGCGCGAUACGCAUGA